CAGAAGCACUUCACAGCCAGGGAGCCUCACCUGUCCUCAGACACCACAGUGGCAGCCACACUCCAGCCUCAGCAGGCAGCAGCAGCUCCACUCUCCAAACCUCCCUGGUGGCUCCUCAGACAGAUGGCCGUGGACGAGGCCAGGAGCCUGGCCCAGGCAGCCUUGACGCUGGCGGAGCAGAUCCUGGCAGAGUUCCAGCUGCAGGAGGAGGACCUGAAGAAGGUGAUGCGGCGGAUGCAGAAGGAGAUGGACCGCGGCCUGCGGCUGGAGACCCACGAGGAGGCCAGCGUGAAGAUGCUGCCCACCUACGUGCGUUCCACCCCAGAAGGCUCAGAAGUCGGAGACUUCCUGUCCCUCGACCUGGGGGGCACCAACUUCAGGGUGAUGCUGGUGAAGGUGGGGGAGGGGGAGGAGGGACAAUGGAGCGUGAAGACCAAACAGCAGAUGUACUCCAUCCCCGAGGACGCCAUGACGGGCACCGCAGAGAUGCUCUUCGAUUACAUUUCCGAGUGCAUCUCCGACUUCCUGGAUAAGCACCAAAUGAAGCACAAGAAGCUGCCCCUGGGCUUCACCUUCUCCUUCCCUGUGAGGCACGAGGACAUCGACAAGGGCAUCCUCCUCAACUGGACCAAGGGCUUCAAAGCCUCAGGAGCAGAAGGGAACAACAUCGUGGGGCUUCUGCGAGAUGCCAUCAAGAGGAGAGGGGACUUUGAGAUGGACGUGGUGGCCAUGGUGAAUGACACAGUAGCCACAAUGAUCUCCUGCUACUACGAAGACCACCAAUGUGAGGUCGGCAUGAUCGUGGGUACAGGCUGCAAUGCCUGCUACAUGGAGGAGAUGGAGAACGUGGAGCUGGUAGAAGGGGACGAGGGCCGCAUGUGCGUCAACACCGAGUGGGGCGCCUUUGGGGACUCUGGCGAGCUGGACGAGUUCCUGCUGGAGUACGACCGCAUGGUGGAUGAGAGCUCCGUGAACCCCGGUCAGCAGCUGUACGAAAAGCUCAUUGGCGGGAAGUACAUGGGCGAGCUGGUGCGGCUGGUGCUGCUCAAACUGGUGGACGAGAACCUGCUGUUCCACGGGGAGGCCUCAGAGCAGCUGCGCACGCGCGGCGCCUUCGAGACGCGCUUCGUCGACGCCUCCCCGUCCUCCCCCCGCAGCGACCCGGGUGACCGCAAGCAGAUCCACAACAUCCUGAGCACCCUGGGGCUGAGGCCCUCAGCCACCGACUGCGACAUCGUGCGACACCCAUGUUCCACAUGA